GCACGCGCGCGCAUGAAAAUGUGUGUGGGGGGGGAUUCUAUUAUUGUUACCAUUAACUAUCAUUGCCAGCGCGUGCAUGCCGCGCGUGAGAGUGUUGAAAGUGGGUUUUCCGCGCCGUCGGCUCAAAGGACGCGCGUGCCAUAAUCCUGCUGCCCACGUGGUUCCCGCCGUAUAAAAGUUGGGCAGCGCGAGGCUCUGUCUGAUUCAAACUUGCUCGUGCGCAGCAUCUCGGUUCAGCGGCACGCGCCACAGUUCGGACUGCGCGUGCACUACUCAGGAGGACUGCGGUUCUGGUCCUGGUCCAUUCUAUUUCCCGCCUGACUUUCUGGAGAAUAUGACCUAUUUUUGCCUGACAGUUUUGCUCGCGUGCGUCCUGAGCGCGCGCUGCAGCGCUCCUAGAGAGGCGUGCGCGUCCUGCAGCGUGAGGACGCACGCGCAGUCGGAGCUCAUAGAGGCGGUGAAGCGGCACAUCCUGAGCCGCCUGCAGAUGAGCGCGCGCCCCAACAUCACGCGCCCCCUCCCGAAGGCAGCCAUGGUGACGGCGCUGCGCAGGCUGCACGCGGGAAAGCUGCGGGAGGACGGGCGCGUGGAGAUCCCGAGCCUGGACGGACACGCCUUCAGCAACGACGCGCACGCGGAGACCUCCGAGAUCAUCAGCUUCGCGGAGUCAGACGAGCAAACGCCACCCGGCUCGGGCCUGUUCUUCCACAUCUCCAACGAGGGUCAUCAGAACCUGCUGGUGGCCCAGGCGCACCUGUGGCUGUACCUGCAGCUGCUGCCGGGCGGACCUGAGAAGGGUCUUCGGAGGAAGGUCUCCGUCACGAUCCGUUACCUGGAAGCGGGCGUUACAAACAGUGCUAACAGGAGCCCAGGAGAGGCAGGAAGGGAAGCGGGUCGCUGGGUCCAGGUGGAGAAGCGGGUGGACCUGAAGCGUAGCGGCUGGCACACCUUCCCACUCUCGGAGGCAGUGAGGGCCGCGCUCGGGAAGGGCAACCGCCGGCAGGACCUGCAGGUCGGCUGUGAGGGUUGCCAGGCCGCCGGCGUGGCUCCGGUUCUGGUGGAUCCGGACCGGCCGUCCCACCGACCCUUCCUGGUGGUGCGAGCACGGCUGGGGGACGGCAAGCACCGCAUCCGGAAGCGAGGGCUGGAGUGUGACGGCGACAGCGGCGGCUUGUGCUGCCGACAGCAGUUUUACAUCGAUUUCCGCAUCAUCGGCUGGAAUGACUGGAUUAUUGCCCCGGCCGGGUACUACGGGAACUACUGCCAGGGCAGCUGCCCGGCCUACAUGGCGGGGGUCCCAGGCUCCAUCUCGUCUUUCCACACGGCUGUGGUGAACCAGUACCGCCUCCGGGGCAUGGACACGGGCUCUGUGAGCUCCUGUUGCAUCCCCACCAAACUUAGCACCAUGUCCAUGCUGUACUUCGACGACGAGUACAACAUCGUGAAGAGGGACGUGCCCAAUAUGAUCGUGGAGGAGUGCGGCUGUGCCUGAGCCCCCCCGGCUGGAAAGGCUUCUGCAUUCACCCGCUGUGCUGGCAUCCGCCACCACACGGUGUUCCAGCUGGUGCUGGGAACGCAGCACUGCGUUCGUUUGCCAUCUCUAGUCCAAAACAAUGGCAGAGGGUCUGGAUGACUCCGCCUCCAUCUGCCCCGCCCCAAAGGACACUAAGCACUGAGACUCCCUGUUCUGAACACCAGCACUUCCCCUGCAGAGUUACAGGACAAGGAGACGCCGGUGGGCUCCGAGCGACAACCGCGCCGCACAAACUGAAAUGCACGAUCUGAUCAGCACUUGCAGGACUUUACAGAGAAAAGAUGCCUUGGGCGGGGCCAGCGGGUCCCGCCAGGUCGCCUCAAAAGUGCCACGAGAGCUAUGCAACGUAGAAAAGCUUCAAACCACGCCGUGUCUGCUUCCUUCGGGCUUGAAAUACUUGAAACGGGAUCUCUCCACAGCGGAGGAUCCGUGUGACGUUUGCACUGAAAAAGUUGAGAGAUUAGCUAAACAAAAGCUGCCAAGAAAAGUUCUUUUUCUAGAAGAAAUCGUUUCAGCUGUUUUUCACCAUUUAUUGAACCAAAGAGGCCACAACUUGAGCUGCAGAGACGUGAACGAGCGGUUCAGGGUUCGGACCGGCUCAGCUUCUGUCCAGAACUUUCAUCUGUGUCUAUUUAAAAGAACCAUGGGUUCGUCUCACAGUUUAGUCCGACUCUUCGGCUCCUGUCAAAUAAAUGUUUUCAUAAAGUU